CACACCGUGAUCACUUGGCCUGGAAACUUUGACCGUAGAUACUGGAAAGAAGCACCAUGGCUCAGCAGAAUUUUGCAGCAGUGUUUCCAGAGGGCCUGACGCCGUUGGCACAGGCCGACCCUGAGGUGUUUGGUAUCAUCAAGGAUGAGGAGGAGAGGCAGUGGAAGGGGAUUGAGUUGAUUGCUUCCGAGAACUUCACUUCGCAGCCCGUCAUUGAGGCGCUGGGAUCAUGCUUCACCAAUAAAUAUUCUGAAGGUCAGCCAGGAGCUCGAUACUACGGCGGCAACGUCAACACCGAUCGCAUCGAGCUCUUGUGUAAGGCUCGCGCUUUGGAGGCGUUUCAUCUCAGCCCUGAGAGCUGGGGGGUCAAUGUGCAGCCGUACUCCGGAAGUCCGGCGAACUUUGCAGUGUACACUGCCCUCCUGCAGCCCCAUGACCGCAUCAUGGGCCUGGACCUGCCCAGCGGUGGCCACCUGACCCACGGCUACUACACAGCCAAUGGCAAGAAGAUCUCGGCCACCUCUAUCUACUUCGAGUCCCUGCCCUACAAGCUGAACCCCGAGACGGGGUACAUUGACUAUGACAAGCUGGAGGAGAAGGCACUCGACUUCCGGCCAAAGAUGCUCAUCUGCGGUGGCUCUGCAUACCCGCGUGAGUGGGACUACAAGCGCCUUUACGGCAUCGCCAAGAAGGUCGGCGCGCUGCUCAUGUGCGACAUGGCCCACUACAGCGGUCUGGUGGCGGCUCAGGAGCUGGACCAGCCCUUCGAGUACUGCGACGUGGUGACGACCACCACCCACAAGUCCCUGCGCGGCCCCCGCGCCGGCAUGAUCUUCUUCCGCGUGGGCCCCAAGGGUGAGCGCGCGGUGAAGGGCGAGGCUGCGGACGCGGCGUACGACUUUGAGGACCGCAUCAACUUCAGCGUGUUCCCCUCGCUGCAGGGCGGCCCCCACAACCACCAGAUCGCAGCGCUGGCCGUCGCGCUCAAGUACGCCGCAUCGCCCCAGUUCAAGACCUACGCCAAGCAGAUUCGCGCAAACUCGUCAGCGCUGGGCGCCAACCUGACCAAGCGCGGCUACAAGCUCGUCACCGGCGGCACCGACAACCACCUCGUCCUGUGGGACCUGCGCCCAGAGGGCGUGAACGGCAACAAGAUGGAGAAGGCGUGCGACCUGGUGCACAUCACGCUGAACAAGAACGCGGUCGUGGGUGACGUCAGCGCGCUGGCCCCCGGCGGCGUGCGCAUCGGUGCCCCCGCCAUGACAUCGCGCGGCCUCAAGGAGGCCGAGUUUGAAACCAUCGCCGACCUGCUCCACGAGGCAAGGCCCCUGCUUCUGUGUGUGCUGGGAGUUGUCAUCGACGUGCAGAACAAGACCGGCAAGCUCUACAAGGACUGGCUCAAGGUAAUUGAGGCCGACCCGCGCCUGCCAGAGAUCAAGAAGAAGGUGGAGGCUUUUGCCUCAUCUUUCCCCAUGCCCGGCUUUGCCGUGGGCCAGAGUGCCGAUGGCCAGGUGCACAUCGCCCCUGCAGUGCAGCCCAAGGCAGCAUACAGCAAUGGCAGCGCCGUCACCGCUUGAUUGGCUUUGCAGUUGUUCAGCAUGUCCCGGCAUCAUGUACACAAAGUGCUGCGCCCUGCCCUGGGCACGAAUCUGUCAAUGAACCUCACCUUUGAAGGACUGUAUCUGUAAAUCGCAAAUUGGAACAGCUGUUGCUUCUGUUUCUGGGCAGAUUGAUACAGCGACUGCAUGUUGUCCCAGAAAUGAACACUUUUCCCGGGAGUCUAUUAGAAACUGCGCAAAGUGAUCCUCUCUGGGACUCCUUGAGUCCCAGACUCGCGUGUGCGCGGCGUCCUUGAGAUUUCAAUUUCUAGACGUGUAUCAAAUGUUCUUGGUAAUCUUUCUUAGAAAAAGUGAACAGAGCAUAU